AUGGGACUUUGGGUCUUGGCAAUUCUAACAGUUCUCCUAGAUUCAGUAACAACUCAACUUAGUAAAACAUACUGGGGUCUGGAAAAUGAAGCCUUGUUUGUGCCAUGUCCUAAAAACCCAAACUCUACGUACCCUGUGGAUUGGUAUUACUCAAAAACAAAUGACAGUAUUACCACCAGGAAGGAAUAUCGUGUAUUUGCCUUAGGAAACCUUCUUAAGUUUCUACCAGCAAAAGUUGAUGAUUCUGGAAUUUAUAUUUGUAUUAUCAAAAGUCUCACCUUCAAUUGGACUAGAUCUGUGAAUCUCACAAUAUAUAAAAAGCAACCAGAUUGCAUCACUCCUGAUUAUUUGAUGUAUUCAACAGUAUCUGGAACACAAAAAUAUUCCAAAAUAUCUUGCCCUACAGUUGAAUUGUACAAUUGGACAGCGCCACUUGAGUGGUUUAAGAAUUGUAAAGCUCUUCAAGGAUCAAGGUACUACAGAUUCAAAUCAUAUUUGCUCGUUAAAAAUGCAAAUAGUGAUGAUGCAGGUGAUUAUACAUGCAAAUUUAUACACAAUGAAAACGGAGUCAAUUAUACUGUAACAGCAACCAGGACAUUCACAUUUAGAGAAGCAAAAGUCUUUCCUUUGGUUCCAGUCAUUACAGCCCCUCUACCCAAUGACACAAAAGAAGUAGAAAUAGGAAAAACAGCAAACAUCACUUGCUCUGCUUGCAUGGAGAAAGGCCCUCUGUUCAUGGCCUCAGUCAAAUGGCAAAUUAAUGGAAGCGAUGCUAAUGAUGUUGGUGAAGCAAGAAUUCAUCAGGAGCAAGUGCAUAAUCAAAGUCCUAGAAAUGAGCUGACUUGUCUAAAAAGGACUUUAAGAAUAGCUGAAGUGAAGGAAGAGGAUUUAUCACUGAAGUUUGAAUGUCUGGCCUUUAAUUCGCGUGCAGUGACAAUACGCCCCAUAAGAUUAAGAAGAAAAAGUUCAAUUGAUCAUCAAAACACCUACUACACUGUUGCAGGAUUUAGUGUAUUGUUAACCCUAAUCAGUAUCUUGGCAAUACUGCUCAAAGUGUUCUGGAUUGACUUUACUCUGCUGUGGAGAGACAUAGUUAGACCUUACAAAACUAGAAAUGAUGGAAAGAUCUAUGAUGCUUAUGUUAUCUAUCCACGGAACUACAAACACAGUUCUGAUGGAACCAGUUCUGUGGAACACUUUGUUCACCAGAUUCUUCCUGAUGUUCUUGAAAAUAAAUGUGGAUAUAAUUUAUGCAUUUAUGGGAGAGACCUACUACCUGGAGAAGAUGCAGCCACUGCAGUGGAGACCAACAUACAAAAGAGUAGGCGGCACCUUUUUAUCCUGACUCCUCAGAUAACGCACAGUCAGGAGUUUGCCUUUGAGCAGGAGAUUGCCUUGCAUACUGCCCUCAUUCAGAACAACUCCAAGGUGAUUCUUAUUGAAAUGGAGGAUCUGAGUGAACAAGAUGGGGAGUUUCAAGAGUCUCUCAAGCACCUUAUGAAGGUGCAAGGUACCAUCAAAUGGAAGGAAGACAAUGUUGCCAACAAAUGGUCCCUGAAUUCCAAAUUCUGGAAGCAUGUGAGGUACCAGAUGCCCGUGCCAAAUAAACUUUCUACAAAGACCUGA